CUAGUGAUGCUAGGUGUUUUAUGCUAGGAACGGGAGGAGGGAGCUCUUUCAAAACAUAACUGCCUAAUUUAAAUUUGUGAAAGCGAAUACAUGUAGCGGUGGCUAUAGACUAAACAUUGCCCCGUUGUUCCUCAUUUUAAGUGCUUUGUUUGUCAUUCAAAAAAGGCACCAGACAUAACAGGAUUGUAACGUUUGCUAACGUUAGUUUACAAAUGUAACGUAACGGUUCACGACGUCACACAACCGGCCACGCGACGCCUUAACCACAACUAAAAAGUAGUACGACGACUCCCCAACACCAAAAGAAAUGCCAUCGAGAAAUCACCUUGACAAAGUCGGUCGGAUAAGGAAGAAGAAAUGGACGGAGGAGGCCAUGGAGCGUGCACUGAUGGAGGUGAAGUCAGGGAGGUGUACUGUGAGACAGGCUGCCAAAGAGUUUGGAGUCCCUAAAUCGUCCCUUGGGGACAGAGUCAGUGGACGGGUGACACCGGGGAGUCGCAGCGGGCCAGCUAAGCUUAUAACAUCUGCAGACGAGGAUCUGCUGGUGGAGUUCUGUUUAUACAUGUCCAAGCAUGGUUUCCCGCUGACGAAGCAGCAGCUGGUGUCCUUUGCCUCAUCCAUUUAUAAGCGGCAGCAUCGGAGGGUGGCAUAUUCUAAACUAGGCCAGACAUGGUGGCUCAAUUUCAGAAAACGUCAAGCAAAGAACAUCACCAUUCAUCCAGCAGACAAUGCGGUCCGUGGGAGGACAACGUGUGUGAGAAAAGAAGCGGUGGAUCAGUUUGUGCAUUUACUGAGCAACGUCAUGGACGCCCGGGGGCUCAGAGACAAGCCUCAACAAAUUUUCAACUGCAAUGAAACCGGAUUUCAGCUAGCCAGGAAGAGAGUGAUUCUCCCCAAAUCUGCCACUCUGGGCUACAAGCCAACGCAAGGCUCAAAGGACCACAUCUCCGUCUUGGCUUGCUUUAGCGCAGCUGGAGAGGAAAUCCCCCCAUUUAUUAUCUACUCCAAGGCAUUCCCAGGGGGAGUGUGUUACAAGACUCAAGGGCCUCCAAAUGCCCUCUAUGGAUGGUCAGACUUGGGGUAUAUCAACUCUGACCUUUUCAAGAAAUGGUUCCUCAAGCACUUCCUCGUGCACGCGCCAAAAGAGCGUCCACUGCUGCUGAUUUUCGAUGGUCACAAGUCUCCCAUAAACCUUGAGGUGGUGGAAGCGGCCCGUAACGAGGACGUGGUCCUCCUGUGCCUGCCUCCUAACUGCUCUCACAUCCUGCAGCCACUCGACGCGGGUCUCUUUGUCCUCCUGAAGCAGCGUUUUGCUGCACUCGUAGGUGACGGUUCUGCCUCCGAUACUCACUUUGCAGUCAGCAAGAAGGAGUUCUCGGGUGUGUUUAAAGGGACUUAUCAGGUGGCGAAGGAGGAGGAGGGUGUGAGGGUUGUGAAGGAAGGCUAUAGGAAAUGUGGCAUCUUCCCGCUGAAUCACUUUUCCACCAACGAGGGUAAUUUAAUGCCGCUGAGCAGCGUGUGCCCAGCUGCCGGAGCCUCCUUGUACACAUCAGCACAGCGGGUGCACAUUGAAGGAGACCUCACAGCAGCUGGACCCUCCUCGUGAGUCAGCCAUCAGUACCGUUGAGGAAGGAGAGUGACGGCGUUAUUUAACAAAACCUGUGAAGUCCUGUCAUUAAUAUACAUACUGAAUGGGCGUUACCCUCCAGCUUGAGUAUUGGAAACCAUGGGUGUCCCCAAGAUAAAUUUUAAAAAAGUCCUGGACUAAAGACGGACAAACUUUUUUUUCUUUGAAGCCGGGACAGAAAAGUUGUGUCCUCAAAGUGGCAGUAGAACUACUAGCGUUUUAAACUGAUGGGAGGGAAACACUUCUUUGAAAAGGCUAACUCUGUUCAUUUGUAAAUCAAAUUAUAUGUGUGUAUAUAUAUAUAUGAGUAUUCUUAAUGUACUUGGCUUGUUAAGUAGUUCUAAAAGUAAUAUAUUGCCUGAAUAAUAGUAAUGGUGCUAACUGUAAACAGUACGUAUUUGUUGCUGAACAUAUUUUGGUCUAUUUAAACAAAGUAAAAUAAUAUGACGUAUGAUCAUUGAAUGCCGCGUUACCGGAAAGCAUCGUGACUUUUUCAUCCUCAGCAAAACGUAGGGAAUAUUAUUCAACACACGUGAGCAUAACAAAUGGAUGGCUGGUAAAAAAUUGUAAAGCAAAAAAGGUGGUUUAUGUUCUUCCAACGUCUAUUAGCCGAAAUAAUGGUUUUGAAGGGCAACAAUGUGUGUAAAGAAGCUGUUGGUUCCUGGGUGGAAAUACUUGAGUAUACUUAAUAAGUAUUCAAUGUAUUCAGAUCAAUGCUUCAUCAGCUGAAUCUCUACACUCUAGGGAUGUAGCAGAGAUCCCCAGGGAUGAGUUAAUGUUUUAUCGUAUUAUGUAAUGACACAACAGAGUCCACGGACUACAGGACUAAUGUUUUUACAUCACAGUAUUUUUUCUUUAUCAAAUUUAGAGAAAAAUUAGAGAAAAUCUAAUACAUUCUCUGAUGAUGGGGAAUGGAGCUUCCUGAAGCACCGCUGUGGUUCACUGGUCACUGGAAGCACAUGGUUCUGUCAACGUGGCGACCUCUUCCUGCCAAACUAAGGUACUGCAUUCGUAUGGCCAGCUGUGCUGUGUUGUCAGUCGCUAUAACAGGUAUUUCAACUUGGAAACGUUUCGUUGUGAUAAAGAUCAGAUGUGAGAUCUAGAUCUCCUUUCCAUUGAAACUACUUUUUAAUCCAGUUCCUAUUGAAGUUUCUGGGGAAAUGCGUUCACACGCCGCAGAGCGCUCUCUGGUACUCACUCAAACUUCUUGGUUAUGGACUGGACGGAUGUAUGCUGCGGGACGGAGGAGGUCUCCACAUCAUGGCCUUUCCUGCAAGACAGAGGAAGCUGCUG